AUGCAUCACUCCAAAAAACGACCGUGCCCUGCCAACCUCCCCUCCUUCGCCCUCCAUUGGGAUGGUGGUUACCUGAAGAGGCGGCGGCAUAACGGACAGUUGGUGCAGCAGAGUGAUGGGCACAAGAGGACUGUCCCCUCCUCCCUCCCCUCGUCAAUGACCCUUCCCUCCUCUGCCACCGCUGGUCCUGUUGCAACUGCACUCACUCUAUUGAUGUAA